UGCCGGUAGGUGUAAGAAACGGUGAAGGCCUACACGUCGGGGUGCUGCAGUGGUGAAGCAAAUUUUAGUUGUGUUAAAUUAAAUUGUAAAGUUCAAAUUAUUAUUGUUUGUAAUUUACUAAGGCAGUCACAUGCUCAAUUCUGUAUGGAAUCUUUGUCGUGCUUGUCCUAUGCCGACAGAUGAGAAACAAUCGUAUACAGAGUAUAAACGAAGUUUCACGUGGCAUCCAAAUCCAGAAGAUGUGGUUCAAAAACCACCUGAGAGCGAUAAAACUAUGGAACCAGCUCUCUCAAGGAAGAAAAAAUACCCAGAACUGGCCUACAAAAAGGAUUCUUUUUCAUACAAUGAAGAAGGAAUGGGCUAUCAAGAUGCAGGGGACAGUAAUGCAUCACGUCACUUGGAACAGGAAGCUCGAGCUCGGUCAGUUGAUAGGACUGUUAAAAGGUCAUCUCGAAGUAAGUCAGCUGAUCCAGAAUUAGAAAGAUUCAAACAAAAAGAAGAGCGUCUUUUAAAUGGAGCAUCCAUUUCACAUAAAGAUUAUGUAAAACAGCCUGAAGUAGAUGGAGAACCACUUAUGGCUCAGAGUUAUUCCUCUUCCCAAACUCAUGGGAAUCCUGCCCCUGUUGAGGAUACAUCAGAUGUUCCCAAAGUGACAGAGUAUCGCUCAAAUUUUGCAUGGCCUCGAGAUUGUCCAGUGCUGCCUGGAACACACAGGGCUGUUUUUUAUGGGUUGGACCAAUCAGCUCCGAAGGCACUAGAAGAUGGCAGCUUUGAAUCAGCGGAAGGUAUUACAGAAGAACAGAAUGAAGAUGAGCAGACAAGUCCAAGAAAAAAAGGAUCAAAGACUGAAUACAAAUCCAAAUAUCAACCAUUCUCAUCGUACAUUUAUGUGGAUGGCAGUUGGAAGAAAACCCAGAAACUGGGGGAUGUAGAAGGAAAGCCUCUAGAUGAAACAAAUCCCUGGUACACUGAAGUUGUGGAGAGAAUAAAGAAGGCAGAUGAGUACCGCAUUCGGUCUCAGGGAAGACCUUUUUAUGGAGAUCAUUCUCCUCUCAUUCCAGGAAAAUCUAUGGAAGAUGACAGUCCUCUUCCUACUCAUGUCCUUAUUGCAACUUCAAGACCCUCUCCUCGUUCAGCAAGCUCGGAGCGGAAAAAAGAUAGAACACCUGAAUCCAGACGUGAAAUUUCUCCCCGCAGACAGCCUAAAGCCUUUAGGGAAGGGCGUACUCCCGAUGGAACAUCAGGAGAAAUCUUGUCCCCCAAGAAAUCUGCUCGGCCUGUAUCUGUGCCUCGUGGAGAACCAUCCGCCAAAGGAACUGAUGUCACAACUCCACCAGGUGUAAAGCCCCAUCCCGUGCCUCGUCGUCCGCCAUCAUCGGUGGUGAAUGGUGAGGAGCCUAAGGUAUGGCUUAAACCAACAACAAAAGAGAAGGGGGAGAAGGAAAUGGUAAAUGGAGAACAAUUAGAAAAAGAUGUUGAUGAGAAAGAUGCAGCAAAGGGUCUGACAGAGUCAGAAGACCAGGGAACCAAGAGAAUCUCUCCACAGGAUGCAAUUCGUCCAAGUUCUUUACAAACUGUCAAUGGAGAUUUGGAAUAUAAAAGUCCUUCACCUCUUCCCGAACCUCCCACUGGACCUGUUCCAUUGACUACAGUUAAGUCACCAGAAGAGGUCACUGGAAUUAAGUCUCCAGAUCCAGAAACCUGGACAAUUCCACUCGAGACAAACAAAGAGCUUGAGUGGACUGAUGGUCAUAUUCCAGUUGACGCAAAGCGAAUCAAGUAUCCUCCCGAGUUUCUGAUGAAGGCUGAAGCUUUCCCUGAGAAUGGAGCGCUCAUCGAGUCAGGUGUUUAAAUUCUUCUAAUUUUUCUCAUUCUGGGUCUAAGGUAAACACCUAGUGGCAACACUAUGAAUGACAUAGAUCAUGCACGCUUUAGGGUAGACAUUUCUUGAAGCAGAAGCUUGUGAUGCUCAACUUCCUUCUUUGAUCUCACCUCCUCCUCUUUUCAUCAAUCUUUACAUCUCUAGGUAGCUUGAUUGCAAGACAUUUCUUAUUGUGGGUAAGGUGAAGAUUUUUAAGUUUGCUGUUUUGUGCUAUAAUACUUACUUUAUGAUGGUUGCUUAUGGUCAAGGCAUCUUUUAAAUAAUAUUUAGUAAUAUCAACUUGUCAGUGGAAGUUCCUAGUAAAGGGUGUAUAUUAUUGUAAUGCUUGGAAGAAAUGUGACAGGGGCGAUGCAGUCUCUGUUUACAUGUUUAUCAUUCUAGAAGUGGCUUUUUUAUUCUGUGAUAUUUAUUAAAUUUAGCUUUUUCGAGGCAAUUUAUUUUUUAAUUUGUACCUUUUCAAGUAAAUGGUGUAAUUUUGUUGAAUGAAAAGCUUACAUUUAUAAACUUGGGCAACUUGAGUUAAUAAACUUCUAAUAACUUCAGUGAUACAGGGAUAGUGUGAAGUUUGUCAUUAAUGUACAGUAAAAAUUUCUGAACUUAUAAUCGUCUUCCUCACUGGCAUAUUUAUCAGCAAAAUCUAAUGUCAAUGUGUUAAUAAAGAUCACAAAAUGAGCUAAUUCAUCGAGCACAUGUUAACAUGACCUUCUACUAUUUUUCUCAAUGACAUCAGGAAAACUAUUCACUAAACUAAGUUCAAUUUCUUGGAUUUAAGUCCAAGCUAAUCCUUAACAGGGUAACUAGCCAACUUGUUUGAGUGACUACUGUUGAAAUUAUUCGGGUUACCAGUCAUUUUAAAGAUGUUUUCUGUAAAAUCAAAAUGUACAUGUAUACCAUUACAAGUAGUAGUAUUAGUAGUACGCUUAUAUUGUAGGCGAGUUUAUCCAUAAGAGUUUGAUUCUAUUCUUUUAUUUACAUAUAUUUAUGUAAUUUUUUUUUAAAAAUCAUACAUUUAUUUUUUAUUAGAAAUAGUUUAGGCAUGUGAAUAUUCCUAAAUAUAUUUUUUAUUAUAGAAACUUUAUUCUCAUGUUUUUUAGUAUAUUUUAUCUCGUAAUAAAACAUACUAUGAAUACUCCAAAGAUAUUACUUAACUAUCAGUUAUAAAAACACCGUUCAGUCUAACCAAAUAUGCAGAACACAAAUUUUUUUCUGACUUUGUAGUAAAUCAUGUGGAUUGGCUGGUAGUUUAAGAUGCCUUUAAGGAAAACUUAUUUUCGUUCAGAUAUGUGUUUUUUUUGUGUAAAUUUUUUUUUGAUGGAGCCGAGUUUUAUGUUUUACACAAUAAUACAAGAAUUAUUAGGUCAUAUUUCAGUGUUGUCAAAAGUAUUUAAGUCGAAAAAAACAAUCCCUACAGCUAUGUACUCUAAUCAAUAGAAUUAUUUGUAACUACAUUUUAAUUAACUUUCUGCUUCAUCCACUGUAGAAUGGCAUAAGGCUUAGCAACUCGAAUGUCAAAAUCAAGAACAGUGUUUUGUGAAAGAUUCUUUCUUUACUAUGUAUAUUAAAAUGUUAGUAAUAUGUAAUUAAUACUUCUCAGUAUUAGUUGAAAAGCUGAAAAAAUUAAGUAGCAAUUGACAACUUUCAAUUUGUAUAGGGGGGGGGGGGGUGGACGACGUGCAACCAUAUAAAACAGAAUGCAGAUAAGAUCAGUACUAAAAAGGCUAAUUGUACUGUUUAACAAUAUGCAUAGAAGCUUGUAUCUAAUGUAUCAAAUAAGGUUGCUAGAUGUGUGAAAUAGAUACUACAAAUGUCAGGUAUAAAAGAGCAUUUCAUACAGACAUCAGGUUUGUUUUAUAGACAUGCUUUGGUUAAGAUUGGCUAGUUUUGAGUUGCUUCUAACAGUUGUAUGAUGUUGAUGAAUUUAAAAUGUAAUAAACACAGAAAUUGAUUGCAUAGUUGAUAUUGCUGUGUUGAUGGACAUAAUCACAGUUCUUUAACGAAUAGCAGAAACGUUACGAAUAAAUAAAGUUAACAGCUUUAGAGCCAAAAUGAGAGAAUUUAGCAAAUGAAAUCUCGAGAAAGCUGUUGACUAUCGAGCUUCCACCUAUUAUUGUUCGCCUUAUAACUUAAUGUUUGAGAUAAAGAAAAAAAAACUGUAUGAAGAGAACGCUGUAAUAAACAACAAAAAAUGCUCGACAUGAUGAUAAAGGUUUUCUUUUUGUUGCUGAAAUCAACUUACGCGAAACCUCGUUAAGGGGAGUAUUUUGUUAGAAUAUUUAUGAUGUGUAUAUUUUUAUCUUAAUGUUAACUUUAUUAUUAUUGUCUCAGCAAGUUGGUAUAUGUUAUAAUCAGAUUUAUAUUGCUUCAAAAAGUUAAAAAAAUGUGCUGUAAUCGGAUUUAUGUUUUGUAAUAUCAUUUUAGCAAGUUAAUAUAUUCUGUAAUCAGAUUUUUGUUUCAUAAUAUCACUUCAACAAGUUAAUAUGUACUGUAAUUGGAUUUGUGUUUGGUAAUAUUACUUCAGGAAGUUAAUAUAUGCUAUAAUCAGAUUUGUGUAGGUAAUAUUGCUUCAGCAAGUUGGUGUAUACUGUAAUAAGAUUUUGUUGGUAGUAUUUCUUCAGGAAGUUGAUGUAUUCUGUAAUCAGAUUUUUCUUGGCAAUAUUGCUUUAGCAAGUUGGUGUAUAUCAGAUUUGUGUUGGUAAUAUUGCUUCAGCAAGCUGGUAUAUACUAUAAUCAAGACAAGUAGGUACAGGAUUGUUCAUACACAGGCAGAUAUUCAUUAUUUUUAAGUAUUUUCACACUAUCAGGAUUGUUUUUAGCUAGUUUUUAUAUCAUAGUCAACUUUUUAAGAUUAAUGAAUUACUCACUUCUUAUUUUAAUGAUCCACAGCUAUUAUAAAUCUGACAUGUACAAACUUUUUUUUUUAUAGGAAAUAUUCCAAAAUUUUAGGAGUAACUUGAGAUAAAUAUGAUGAUGUUUUCUAUUCAGUGAACCAAAGAGUUGUGAAUGUUUUUAGUUACUAAAAAAAAAUUGUUACUUACAUUUACUGGUUUAAAAAGUUAUAAAACAAUGUGUGGUUAAUUUUUUUUUUGUUCUAAGAACUAGAAAAUUAUAAAUUUUCAUGUCAUAUUGCUAGUCCUUUGACUUUUUACUAAUAGGCAUUUAAGAACAUACUAUAAUACGUAUAUAUAAAAAAAAAACAACUGCCAAAUCAAGAAGACAGCUAAGCUUUUAAGAAUUUUGGUAUGACAUUUAAUGUUUGAACUCGUUCAGUUGUAGCCAACAUUUCAGUUGUCUUGAAAGUUCAUCGAUUCAUUUCUUGUGUGUAAGAUGUAUCACAUCAGUUUCAUCAGUCAGCUGUUCAUAUGAUUGACAGCUGGAAAAAACUUGUUCUAAGCAAAGUUUCAAGUGUUAACCGUGCUUCAUAGCUAGUAUGUUACUAUAUUUCUAGUUUUCCAACUCUGCCAAAAAUCUCAAUUUUCACUCAUUAUUUACAUUACAAAAUCUACGAAAAUAAAUGAUUUGCGUUUAUUUCAGAAACAAAACUAGUUAAAUGAAUAAAGGUUGACUGUGGAAGAAUUGGUUCUUUAUAAGAAAAUCUUAUUGAAAUGUCUACCAGUAUUUGUUAUAAUGCAGCCCAUAAUAGUUAGAGGGGCAGUAGUGGAUGUUAUCAUUCACAGAUCUCUUGAACUUCUCCCAUCAGCCCAUUAAUUUUAGCCAGGGUUACUAUGAUAAAUGUACAUUUUUGCUGUUAAACUGAUGGCUAAUAAACUAAGUAACAAAAA